AAAAGGGUUUGCUGGUCAAAGGGGAAAUGACAGCAAGACGAACACCAGCAGCACAUUCUCUUCUGGUUCCAACAAGAUGGAUUCAAUCUCUCGACCAGAGCUCUUUGACUUCCAUGGAGUCAUGAUGACAAAAUAUUUCACUGAUAACUGGAAUAAUUAUCAGAACUUUCAAGCCAGACCAGAUGAUAUACUAAUCGCCACAUACCCAAAAGCAGGAACUACAUGGGUGUCCUACAUCCUCGAUCUGCUGUACUUCGGUCAGACAUCUACGGACCGUAACACAUCCAUUCCCAUCUAUGAGAGGGUGCCAUUUUUGGAAAUUGCCGUUCCGGGCUUGGAGAAAGGCAAAGACUUGGCUGAUAACCUGUCUACCUCCCCACGACUCAUCAAAACUCAUCUUCCAGUGCAGUUUGUUCCAAAAUCUUUCUGGGAGCAAAAUUGUCGGAUUGUUUAUGUGGCUCGCAACGCAAAGGACAACAUGGUGUCCUUUUACCACUUUGACCGCAUGAACAAGCUUCAACCUGAGUCUGGGGAGUGGAGCUCCUUCUUCCAAAGAUUUUUGGAGGGAAAAAUGGUGUUUGGGUCCUGGUACGACCAUGUGAACGGAUGGUGGAAGAAGAGACAGACUCAUUCAAAACUCCAUUACAUGUUUUUUGAAGAUCUGGUUGAGAAUACUGGAGGGGAAAUAGCCAAACUUUCCUCCUUUCUUGGUAAAUCUGCUUCAGCUGAGGAGAUAGAAACACUCUCAAGUUCAGUGCAGUUUGAUAACAUGAAAAAAGACAAGAUGGCCAAUUAUUCCACACUGCCAGUCAUGGAUGCGAAGAUUUCACCUUUCAUGAGAAAAGGAAAAGUUGGUGAUUGGAAGAACCACUUUACUGUGGCUCAGAAUGAAGUGUUCGAUGAAGACUACAAGAAAAAGAUGACGGAUCCCACGCUGCAGUUCCGCACUGAAAUCUGAAGAACUCACACUGUUCCAAGAUGUGUCUGCUCCUGCAACGACAUGGCGCUCUUAAAAGUGUACUGUUUUAUAAUUUAAUUGAAUUGUAAAAUGUCCACAUUUCUUGUAAUAGUUGCCACAUUUGAGGAAUAUGUCACAAAAAACAAGUUUUUCUCCAACAGAUUAUAUGUUAAUUUAAAAUAAAUGAUUUGAUGCACUUUUAAAGAAUUUGAAUUUAUAGGCAAAAACAACCAGGUUGAGUUAAGGGUGUUUGAUUUAUU